AUGGUGUUUAAUUUCAAAGUGUUUAAGAAAUGUUCGCCCAACGGCAAGUUGACGCUGUACAUGGGCAAGCGGGACUUCGUCGACCACAUCUCCUACGUGGAGCCUAUAGACGGCAUAGUGGUCGUAGACGAGGACUACGUACGCGAUCGGCGCGUUUUCGCGCAGGUGGUGUGCACGUUCCGCUAUGGGCGCGAGGAGGACGAGGUCAUGGGCUUGUCCUUCUACAAGGAGCUGUACCUGGCCUCCGAGCAGGUCUACCCGCCGCUCGAGAAGAGACCCUACGAACUGACUCGCACGCAGGAACGCCUCGUAAAGAAGUUGGGCGACUGGGCGAUACCUUUCCGCCUAACGUUGCCGGCUGGCUCGCCAGGGUCUGUGACGCUGCAGCCCGGCUUGGAGGAAGAGGGGGAACCGUGCGGCGUCCACUACUAUGUCAAGCUGUUCGUUGGUGAAACGGAAAUAGACCGAUCACACCGUAGGAGUACAGUGGCGCUAGGUAUCCGCAAGGUACAGUAUGCGCCUGAGAAACCUGGUCCGCAGCCCUGCACGUUGGUGCGGAAGGACUUCGUGCUGUCACCGGGACAGCUCGAGCUGGAGCUGACUCUUGACAAGCAGUUGUACAUCCACGGGGAGACAGUAGCGGUGAAUAUCAGCAUUCGGAACCACAGCAACAAGGUCGUGAAGAAGAUCAAGGCCAGCAUCCUGCAGUCCGUCGACAUCGUGCUCUUCCAGAACGGACAAUAUCGAAACAUAGUCACAGGAGUGGAGACGCAAGAUGGAUGCCCGCUCCAACCAGGCGCUAACAUGCAGAAGGUGGUGCAACUGAGACCAAUUCUGGGCGCACUGCGAGAUCGGCGCGGACUCGCCUUGGACGCGCAACUAAAGAGACAGGAAACUACCCUCGCAUCGACUACUCUAUUGUUGGAUCCGGAGCAACGGGACGCGUUCGGGAUCGUCGUCAGCUACAGUGUGAAAGUGAAGCUUUACCUCGGUGCGCUCGGAGGCGAACUCAGCGCCGAGCUGCCCUUCAUCCUGAUGCAUCCUAAGGAGGGCCGUCACAAGCUAAUACAGGCGGAUAGUGAGGCAGAUGUGGAGAUGUUCAGGCAGGACACGGUGCUGCAUCAGGAGAGCGUCGAAGUCUACUGAGACACAAACGAUCUGAGAUGAAACAUGCAGACUCGAUAACUUUUUUCUAGUCGAUUUUGUAUUGUUAAAAUUAAUGGUUUUUUUUUCGUUGUGUUUAGUAUUUAUUGUUAGCGCUUGAAGUCAGUGAGAUAGUUGUAGGUAGAGAAUAUAUUACACUGUUUAAAAAAAUAUGUAUAUUUAAAUUUGCUAAUUGUGUCAUAGACUAUGUUUAAAGCUAUGUAAGUGAGAAUUUCAGACAAUAAAUACAUAGUUUGUUAGUUUAUUACUAGCAUAGUUUCUGUAUCCAUAUUUUAUAAAUUUAAGAACGUGUUAAACAUUAUUAAAUAUUUAUAUACGCAUAUUU